AUGCCGACGAUCGGUUGGUUCGAUGCAUUUCGCGAAAAUGGUGAUCCAACAUGGUUUGGUGAAAAUCGUACACCAGUUGUGUUUGAUAUGAAAAUUUUCGGACUUUCCUCUUUAUUUAUCACUCCACUAAUUGCUUAUAUUAUUAUUCUUCCUGGUGUUCGACGACAUCAAAUAGUUUCCACAUUAAUCUUUUUUUUAAGUAUCCUCGUUGGUGCUUCCAUAUUGUGUUAG